ACCACGCCCCGUCCGUUGCGUAUUUUAAGUGUAUUCCGCACCGCCAUGUUGUUUCGUUACCUGCAGGAAGUACUUAGGAGCUAAGCGAUUUAUGGAAGGGGCAGUAUUAUAAUGGAAAGGACUGUCUGACCACCGCGAAACUUACAUUUGGAAGUGAGGCUGCGACCAGAGACCAUGUUGGCUCGUCUGUUCAGGCUCCAUGGCCUACUCGUGGCCUCCCACCCGUGGGAGGUAAUAGUGGGCACCCUCGUUCUCAACGUCUGCCUCAUGUCUAUGAACAACCUGGCAGCCAGCAGCCAGAUUUGCAGCUGGAAUGAGUGUCCCAAGGUCAAAGAGAAGAUCCACAGCAGUGACAUAAUCAUCCUAACAGUCACACGCUGCAUGGCCAUCAUUUACAUCUAUUUCCAGUUUAAGAGUCUGCGACAACUGGGAUCCAAAUAUAUACUGGGUAUUGCAGGGUUAUUCACAGUGUUUUCCAGCUUUGUCUUUAGUACAGUGGUCAUCCACUUCUUUGGGAAAGAGCUGACAGGUCUUAAUGAAGCCCUGCCGUUCUUUCUCCUGCUCAUUGACCUGUCCAAAGCUUGUGCAUUGGCCAAAUUUGCCCUCAGCUCAAACUCUCAGGAGGAGGUGAGGGAGAACAUAUCCCAAGGCAUGGCUAUCCUAGGCCCCAGCUUCACACUGGAUGCUCUGGUUGAGUGUCUGGUCAUUGGGGUUGGCACCAUGUCAGGUGUGCCUCAAUUAGAGAUCAUGUGUUGUUUUGGCUGCAUGUCUGUUCUGGCCAAUUACUUUGUCUUCAUGACCUUCUUCCCGGCCUGUGUCUCCCUGGUCCUGGAGCUGUCCAGGGAAAGUCGUGAAGGCCGUCCAAUCUGGCAACUGAGCCACUUUGCCCGUGUGCUGGCUGAAGAAGAGGACAACAAACCAAAUCCUGUGACCCAGAGGGUUAAAAUAAUCAUGUCUCUGGGCCUUGCCUUGGUUCAUGCUCACUCUCGAUUGGCAGCUGAGCAUCCAGGUUCAAAUCGCACGGUGGAGGGGCCCAUAGCUAAAAGACUUGAAUCUGAUGGUACCAUGUUGCCUCUGAAGCUCUCCAGUAUGGACCUGGAACAGGUGAUAACUCUUGGUCUUGCCCUGCUCCUGGCUGUGAAGUACGUCUUCUUUGAGCAAACAGAGACCGAGUCUUCCCUGUCCCUGAGGAGUCACAUUAUCAGCUCUGCUCCGAAUCAGAAGUCCAGGGGGGUGGGGGACUGCUGCAGGAGGGACUUUCUGGCCCUGAAACCCCAGAAGACCAUGAACGCAGAGGCGAUUCAGCCUCCAGCAGCCUCGGUGGAGAACGGCCCCUGUGUUUCAUGUUUUGAGGAGUCUCCUGCUCCGACACCUUGUGUUCCUCAAAGCAGCUGUAAUUCAGAGCCCCGGACCCUGGAGGAAUGUGUGGCCAUCCUCUCAGAUCCUCAGAGAGGUGCCCAUUGUCUUAGUGAUAAAGAGGUGAUGAAUCUGGUAACCUCACGUAACAUCCAGAACUACAAACUGGAAGUCGUCCUUGAGACUCCAGAGAGGGGCGUUGCAAUCCGGAGGGAAAUGCUGUCACCCAAACUGCCUGUUAGCUCUGCCUUGGCUUGUCUGCCUUAUAAGGACUACGACUAUUCUAAGGUCAUGGGAACUUGCUGUGAGAAUGUCAUUGGCUACGUGCCAGUGCCAGUGGGAGUGGCUGGUCCUCUUCUGUUGGAUGACAAGCAGUUUUACAUUCCUAUGGCGACCACAGAGGGCUGCCUGGUAGCCAGCGCUAACAGAGGAUGCAGGGCGCUUUCUCUGAGCAAGGGUUGUCGCAGCAGGAUCCUCGCUGACAGUAUGACCAGGGGUCCUGUGGUGAGGCUGCCCUCGGCGUGCCGUGCUGCAGAGGUCAAAGGCUGGCUCGAGACCUCUGACGGGUUCGGCACGAUCAAAGAGGCUUUCGACCAGACCAGCAGGUUUGCUCGUCUGGAGAAGCUGUUUGUGACCUUAGCUGGGAAGAACUUGUACAUUCGCUUCCAGUCUCAGACAGGAGAUGCUAUGGGCAUGAACAUGCUUUCCAAGGGGACCGAGAAGGCUCUUCACAGACUCCAGCAGCAGUAUCCAGACGUGGAUGUGCUGUCCGUCAGUGGGAACUACUGCACAGACAAGAAGUCUGCUGCCAUAAACUGGAUCAUGGGCCGGGGAAAAUCUGUUGUGUGUGAGGCCACCAUCCCUGCCAAUGUGGUCAGGGAGGUGUUGAAAAGCAGUACAGCCGCUCUGGUGGAGCUGAACAUCAACAAGAACUUAGUGGGCUCGGCCAUGGCUGGCAGUGUCGGGGGCUUUAAUGCUCAUGCUGCCAACAUUGUAGCAGCCCUCUACAUCGCCUGUGGACAGGACCCGGCUCAGACAGUGGGGAGCUCCAACUGCAUCACUCAGAUGGAGGCUGCUGGUCCAGAAAAAGAUGACCUGUACAUCAGCUGCACCAUGCCCUCCAUAGAGCUGGGCACUGUGGGAGGAGGCACCAACCUGCCGCCGCAGCAGGCCUGUCUUCAGAUGCUUGGUGUCAAAGGAACCAGUUCCAACGAGCCAGGUGACAACGCCCGCCAGCUGGCCCGCGUGGUUUGUGCCACCGUGCUGGCAGGAGAGCUCUCCCUGAUGGCCGCUCUAGCUGCUGGACACCUCGUCAAGAGCCACAUGACCCACAACAGAUCUAAACCAGACCUGUCAGAAAAACCUGCAUCAAAGUCUGGAUACAAAUGUGUGACAUCAAAUGUUGACGGUCCAUCCUCAGAGUCAGCCAGACCAAAUGAGCUCUCCAGCUAACGUAAGAAAACUGAGAAGUUUGAAUCUUCUCCAGAUGACGUGGUUUUGAAGGGAGUUCUGUGGUUUGUGGACAUCAAAGACAUUAAAGAGUAACCGGCUGUUAACCAGAGCCAACACAUGCUGAAGAGCACAGCUGAUGUGUGCUUGCUUUGUGUAUCGCCUGAAAGAUUGCAUGACAUUUUGGGUUGAAAUGUGAUGACGGGGUUACUUAUUCGUGCCAUUUGUCUGCAACUGAACACUGACAGUAGUGUUUUGGAAAGCCUUCACUGUUGUUGCAACUGAUCUUUAAGACUACUCUGAAUUAUUGAUGGGGUUUGGGUUUGUAACAUUCACCAUGCUGCACAAAGUCUUGAACAAGCAUUCUGUGCCUCUUAAGAGUGGUUAGGCCAACAGCAAAUUGAUUUUCCCAUCAUUCGAUGGAAAGACAAAACAUCCACAUUAAUGCUUGUAUGGUUUUCCAUGUAAACUGCAUGAAGUGAGAUACUCAGACAGCUGUAACAUCUGUUUUUCUCUUUGCACUUGCCAAACGCUUGCUUGGGACAGCAAUGCUGUAAUGUGAAAUUUAAUGCUGUAGGUGACAUUUGCUCAAGUUUAAAAUGCCAACUUUCUGCCUGAAUGUAUGUUGUACUCAAAUCAGUGUUGGAGGAUAUUACUUGCACACGCCUUCCUGAAUGAAGAUGCUACUGUAUACUGUAGAAUGACUGUGGCUGCUGAUUCUGGGAAAGAAAAUGCCGGCCUGAGUGACUUGUUUAGACUCUAAACCGCAACUAAGACACAUUAAAGCCAUAUUAACUCAUUUAAUAAACCUUUAUGGUACACUGUAUGUGCGGAAUGAUUGGAGGAUUGAUUGGCAUGAUGGAAGCAAUGGAUGAGUUUUAAGGCAUCACUGGCUAUGGGUACUCCAGGGCCUUGUAUUGAAAGUAAUGAAGCUCAGAAGUGGCCUUACAUUAUUUAUGUAUGUAUGUCAUGGAGAUGUUGAGCCAUAGCAUGCUCUAGAUAAAAUUUUAAGCAAUUUCAAGAUUGUAUUAUUUAAAAAAAAUAAACAACACUACACACUC